AUGGCUCACGUGCAGAAUCCGUUCGACCUUUUGACGGGUGGAGGCGGCGCGGGCGGUGCUUCUGACGGGGGCUCCAAGAAUCGCCGAAACCGGAAGAAGAAGCAGCAGCAAUCUCAGGGAGACGACCAGCAGCAACAGCAGCAGCAGCAGCAGCAGCCGCAACAGCCGCAGCAGCAGCAUAAGCAGGAGCCGGAGGUGGUUCAACCUGCACCGACCGAACCUCAGCCGCCAACAGCCGCUGCCGCUGCUUCGAUCGGCCAGCAAGCAGACGCAGCUUCCCCCGCAGCUUCCUCUGCACCUUCCGCCGCACCUUCCGCCGCGAAGAAGAAGAAGGGGAAAGGUGCAAAGGCGAGGCAGCCUCGAUGGGGGGACGAGGAGGAGGAACCAGCCAAUGGCGCAGUCGCUGCUCCUGAGAUCUCCUCCAAACCGGCAGAAAAAGCAGCCGCGCCGGCAGUUACGCCGUCAUCCCCGCCGGCGGCCGGCACGGAGAUUCCGCUUAUCAAAGAUCCCAAGGCGUACGAGACGGGGGGGCUGAUGCCGGCGGAAUGGGGAGCAGAAACAGCGCGGGAGGAAGCGUGGCAGCAGGGCGGGAAGAACAAAGGCGGAAAGCAGGCCAAAUCCGCGGGUGCCGCCACCGGCGCUGCUCCGGCUGCGCGUGGCGGGAAUGCCGGCGCUGCUGCUGCGCCUGCCCCGGGCGCGGGGGGAGCGAUCAGCGCGGAAGCGGCGGCGCUGGAGGCGGCGGCGGAGGCGUGCGGAAGGGAUGCGGAGGCGCGUGUGAGGCAGUGGCAUGACUGGACUGUGCGCGCGCAGCAACUGCCCGCGCCUGGCGCAUCAACGGCGUGGAAGGAGAUUUUCCUGAGGAGUCGAGCGCUGGAGAAGACAGUGGAGAGCUGCAUCACGCUGCCUCUGUACCCUCACCACCUGCCGCACCUCCAGGCGCUGCUCUCCGUGUCCCUGGGUCAUCAGGAGGCGGCUCAGGUGAUUUCUCAGGUGGCGUCGGACCUGUCUCAGGUGCUAUCCGAGGAAGGCGCCGCCCUGGGCCUCACAGGUGGAUCUGCAGGCAAGGGAGCAGCAGGAGGGGAUGUGCGUGCCGCAGCUGCGAAGGCUUUGGCUGCCGCCGUGACUGCAGUGAAGCUGGGCGGGUCUGGGUGGGCAGUGGAGCGCAUUGCAGCACAGCUUGGUGACGCUGGCGUGUCUUCAAAGCUGCAGGAGAUGCAGGCCAAGGCUGCGUCAAUGGAGCAUCAGCUGCAGCUCAUUGCGGCAGGAGGAGCAGCGGCAGCGGCAGCAGUGGGAGGCACGGCAGCAGCAGAGGAGGGAGGAGCAGCAGCUCGUGGCGUGCGGCUCUCCCAGCUGGUGAACAUAACAGAGUCGCGAAUCAACCUCCUGCUCUCCACCCUGCAAUCCCCAGCGCCAUCCCCUGCCGAAUCCUCCUCUCCUGCUGCAGCCGAAGCAGCCGCUGCUGCCGCCCAAGCAUUGCAGUCUGUGCGCGACCUCACAGCAGAGAUUGUCCGGCGGAAAAAACUGCAAUCCCCAGCGCCAUCCCCUGCCGAAUCCUCCUCUCCUGCUGCCGCCCAAGCGUUGCAGUCUGUGCGCGACCUCACAGCAGAGAUCGUCCGGCGGAAAAAACUCCCACCGGCACUUAGCUCCGCCGCUCAGGGGAAGGCAGGAAAGCUGGUUACCACAGCGGUUGCGGGGGUGGGUGGGGGGGGGGAAGCCGGCGCUGCUGCUGCGGCUGGCGGUAGUGCGGGAGGGGGACCAGCGGAGGGGGAGGGCGUGUGGGAGACGCAAGGGGGAGGAGGGAAGGGAGGGAAGAAGGGCGGGAAGAAGGGGGCUGGAGACAAGGGGAAAGCAGCACCAGCAGCAGCUGGAGCAGGGGCAGCAGCAGGGGCGGCUGCAGUGGAGGAGGCGAGGAGGAAGCUUGAAGAGGCAGCAGGGGAGAGUAGCAAGCUGCGGGGUCAGGUGGAGGCUGCAGAGGCAGAGGCAUCGAGGCUGCGGUCGCUGUGGCUGGAUGCAGAGGCGCGGAGGAAGCAGCUUGAAGAGGUGUUGGCUGCUGCCUCUGCUGCUGCUGCUGGCGGUGGUGCGAAGUCCCCUGCAGCAGCAGCCCAGAACGGAGUCCCGGCACCAGUAGCACCAGUAGCAGCGGUUCAGCCCGACCAGCAGCAGGGGCAGCAGCAGGGGCAGGAGGGGCAGCAGCUGACCCCAGAGCAGCUGCACCAGCUGCGGUGUGCGCAACAGCUGGGAGUGGUGCAUGCACUGGAAUCUGUGCUGCAGCGCCCCCACAUGCCCCUGCCAGGGCACGCCGGUGGGCCCUUCUCGGGAGCUCCGGAUCGGGAAGCGGCAGUGAUGGCAGUGGUGGGGCAGGCAGUGGAGAAUCACCUCAGUGCGCUCUCGGCGCUGCUGCACGCCAAGCUGGACCAGCUCAAAUCGGCCGGCGAGCGACUGCAGUUUUCACAGGAGAAGCUGCAGAAGAUGAAAGCAGAGAAGGAUGCUCUGAGGGGCAAGCCACAGCUGGCCGCAGCUCUCGCCAGGCCGCUGCAAGCCAUUGAGCAGAUGCACAAGACCCGAGUGAAUGAAGUCCAGUCAGUGAUGGCCGAGGCAGAGGCGCUGGAAGCAGCGCUGCAGAAGCCCCAGUUGCGGUCGGCAGUGGCGCUGCUGCCGCCCAUGCCGUCAGUCAAUGAUUUCCUGCAGCAAAUAGGCGUCACGCUGCACCAGGUGCACCAAGAAUAUGCUGCCAUUCAGGCAGGUGCCGCCUUUGAGUCGACUCAAAAGCAUUCUCUCCCCUCCCCUCCCCUCCGCCUCUUCCCAGGUGCACCAAGAGUGCACCAAGAAUAUGCUGCCAUUCAGGCAGGUGCCGCCUUUGAGUCGACUCAAAAGCAUUCUCUCCCCUCCCUUCCCCCUCUUCCCAGGUGCACCAAGAAUAUGCGGCCAUUCAGGCAGUGUUAUGGCACAGGAGGGAAUGAUGAAAGAAGUAGCCUUACCAGAAUCGUGAUGGAGUGGGGGAGGGUGUUGCUUUCUGGCGGAGGUAUUUAUGGGGAAAGAGGGGAGGUUGGGAAGGUGCGAACUGGGAUACGGUAG